GGUGUGGAGUAGGACAAGAACUUACGUUAGUUGGUGCCCUGUGUCUGAACCAGGAAGGAGUGGAUGCAUCAGACAGCCUGUGGCUUGGUAGGCAGGGACUUACAAUGAGCCCUGCAAAGCUGCCCUGCCCAGGGAACCACUGAAUUCCACAGUUUCUUCACUUCAAAUCAGAUGAGCCUCUGUUAUGCACCUAAAACCAUAUUGGAAUCUGCAGAAGAAAGCACAACCUCUUCAAAUUAGCAAGGAAACUCUGAGAACUUCCAUGAGCCACCAAGAGGCUAUACAUGAUGAAAAAUGCGAAGCUAGCUACAUGAAAUCAAGUGUCUUUCCUUCCACUUCUCCUGGUAAAGCAUCAUCUCGAAAGCCUUUUGGGGUCCUUUCUCCAAAUGUUCUGUGCAGCAUGAGUGGGAAGAGUCCUGUAGAGAGCAGCUUGAAUGUUAAAACCAAGAAGAAUGCACCAUCUGCAACAAUCCACCAGGGCGAAGAAGGGGAAGGGCCGCUUGAUAUUUGGGCUGUGGUGAAACCAGGAAAUACCAAGGAGAAAAUAGCAUUCUUUGCAGCCCACCAGUGUAGCAAUAGGAUAGGAUCUAUGAAAAUAAAAAGCUCCUGGGAUAUUGAUGGGAGAGCUACUAAAAGAAGGAAAAAAUCAGGGGAUCUUAAAGAAGCCAAGAUACAGUUAGAAAGGAUGAGGGAAAUCAACAGCAGGUGCUAUGAGCCUGAGCCUUUUGCGUGUGGCAUUGAGCACUGUUCUGUGCAUUACGUGAGUGACAGUGGGGACAGUAUCUGUGCUGGGAGGCCUCUGUCGGUCAUACAGAUGGUUGCCUUCCUGGAGCAAAGAGCCAGUGCUGCUCUGCUGGCCAGUUGUGCGAAAAACUGCACUAACUCACCUGCCGUGGGGAGGAUUUCUGGGCAAUCCAGAGGUGGGCCGCCAGCCUCCGAGCCCUUUUCUGCCCCAGGAGCUUGUGAAGAACCCAUGGAAAGGGGAAAUCCUGAGGUUGGUGAACCCCAGAGUGAGCCAGUCCGCGUCCUCGACAUGGUAGCCCGGCUGGAGUCUGAGUGUCUGAAGCGGCAGAGCCAGAGUGAGCCUGGGAGCCUCUCGAGGAAUAACAGCUUCCGUCGAAAUGUAGGCCGGGUGCUGCUUGCAAACGGCACUCAGGCUGAUGAAGGCAAAACAAACAAAGGCGCUUUGGAGGCCCCUGUGUCUGUGGACUGUGGCCCGUCAAGAGCUGACCAUUGUUCUCUUGAGGGGAAGCAGGCCUGGGACGGGGCUCCUCCAGGCUGUCCCUCAUUGCCAGCAGGUGUGAGUUUCCACAUGGAUAGUGCAGCAACAGAGCCAGAUCAGCACACUGCUGUGAAAAACAGCAAUAGGUAUGAUGUAGAAAUGACGGAGGAACCUGAGCCACCUUUUCCUCCUCAUACCUGUCCCCAAACCACUGAGUUGCCCACAGAUGCUGUUGAAGAGCUUGUGCCACAAAAUCCUGAUCAGCGAAGAAAAGAAUCUGUGUGCAUUAGCAUCACUGUGUCUAAGGUGGAGAGAGACCAGCCAUCUAGUUUAAAGUCCUGUGGAGACCCACUUCCGGGGAGGCUGUUCUUUUUGCUGCCUGGUCAGCAGCAGUCAGACUGUUCCCAGUUGAAUGAAAGCACAACCCAAGAGUCUCCAGAGGCCAGCCAGCCUGAAGAUGGUGCUGAGGGUGGCAGUGCAUCUGAGGAAAAAAGUGUUUCAGCUGAUUCGCUCGUCCCAGCGCCAGCCCCUCCUGUGGAAAGUACAGUACCGGUGCUCGAGGCCUCCACUUGGAAGAAGCAGGUGUCCCAUGACUUUCUGGAGACCAGAUUUAAAAUCCAACAGCUUUUAGAACCUCAGCAGUACAUGGCUUUCCUGCCCCACCACAUUAUGGUGAAAAUCUUCAGAUUACUUCCCACCAAGAGUUUAGUGGCUCUUAAAUGUACCUGCUGCUAUUUCAAGUUCAUCAUUGAAUACUACAACAUCAGGCCAGCAGAUUCUCGCUGGGUUCGAGACCCACGCUAUAGAGAGGACCCUUGUAAGCAGUGCAAGAAAAAAUAUGUGAAAGGGGAUGUGUCCCUGUGCCGGUGGCAUCCCAAGCCCUAUUGCCAGGCAUUGCCUUACGGGCCAGGAUACUGGAUGUGCUGCCAUCGUUCUCAGAAAGGCUUCCCCGGCUGUAAGCUGGGGCUUCAUGACAAUCACUGGGUCCCUGCUUGCCACAGCUUUAAUCGGGCAAUCCACAAGAAAGCAAAAGGGACUGAAACUGAAGAGGAAUACUAAAGUCUAUGUGAGAGGCGACCAAAUGGCUGAUUUUUAAUACUGCAAAACACCACCUAGACUCACUGUUCAAGUGAGUGUUGCCUCUCAGAGCCAUCACUCUAGGAGAAUCUGUACCUGUUCUUCAGGACUGCUGUUGGGCAUUUUUUCAUUUACAAGCUGUACAAGAAAACUGGUCUCAUUGUUUUAUAGUGGCGCCUCCCAUUUGAUCCAGGGUGGAAGCCCAGUUUGAUUCAGUUGGCUGUGAAUAAUUAUGCCUGUUUUCCCAAAUCAAAUCCAUCCUCAGAGGACGAAGACUUGCCAUCACCAAGGAUGGACAGAAAAGUUCAUUGCAGACUAUGCAGGCAGUCCCCAAAAAGGGGUUCCAGAAAUUUCUGAGCACUGGCAGGCACCAUAUUUGAAAUAAGUGAGUAGUGUCCUAUGGAAAGAAGAGCAGCAGUCAUGGAUGAAAAGUAUGCUUAUGAAGGAGAAGUCAGGCACCUUACCUUAGGCCUUGUAUGCUUGAUCCUGUGAGAUUGAUGUUUGUGGAUGGAGGUGGAUUUCAUGCCCUGUGGUGUUUACAGUGUAUAUAAUGGUUGUGUUUUCACAGGGCUGUGAAAGUGCACAUUAAACCCGAGCGCCUUUACCUUAGAUGAGUGCUUUUGGCCCCUCUGUAUGUAACACUAUUAAAACCCAUUUGUGUAUAGUGGACAGCUGACGAAAUAUCAUCACCACAAUGCAGCUAGGAUAGUGUUGCAGCUAUAAUUGUGUGUGUGUGUUUUUAUUGUUUCAAAUUUGUAUAUCCUGUAUAAAAUAUGAAUGUUUUGAAAAUAAACUAUGAAUGUUUCCUGUAUAAUAUAUGAAUGUUUCUGAUAAGAAAUUCUAAAUAGUUAAGAGUACCUGUUGAAAAGAUACCAAAUAAUGGUUUAACUGGACAACCUUAAAAUUAGCAUAGAGAACAAUCCUACGUUAUAUUUUAGUGAUUCAACAAGAUUGAGAGAUUAUAUAGUCAGAUUAUAACAUUCUUGUCUACUUUAUUCUGUCUGGUUACAAAUUUUUUUUAAUUUCAAUAAAAACAUGCAUCUUAAAUGGGA